AAGGAUAAGAGCUUUUUAGCACAGUGUCAGUAAGGUGAUUUUUUUGCUAGACCAUAUUUUUUUAAUAGUUUUGUUGGGGCUGCGACCUGGUAGAAAUAAGAGAGUCGCUCCAGCUUGAUUUGCAGCCGUAUGAGCUCACCUUCCCUCCCUCCUGGAUAAUCUUUAUGUGGCACCUACAGCAGCUGUGGUAUUGUCUUAUGUUCAGCUGGAAGCUGCUCAAAUGCCAUGGUAACAAAUGAGGUGUAAGUACCUGCAUGGAACAGUAGGCUUGGAUAAGUAAUAAGAAAAUAUUAUCCAUUAAUGCGUUUCAAUCUCUGGAAAUUAGAACGAGUGGCAGUAUUCCUCUGACCAAGUUUUAAGUCUGCUGAUAGAGGGACGGUAAGAUGGAGAACUAGCUUCAGGUGACAGUGGUUGUGUUGCUUAGCUUAUUUUGGAUAGGCUUUCCUACCACCACCACCAUUUUAAAGUGAACCUUUGCUGUUUUGAAUGGGUGAAGGUGUAUAGUGUAGUGCCAGUGACUGCUGGAAGUGAGAAAAUACAGCUUGUUUUGCUUGGGAACAGUCACAUUCAAAUGCUAAAAUGUUUAAUAGCAAUCAGUAGGGAUCUAUCUGGCUUGAAAUCAAAUAUAUUUACAAUAUCAUAGCAACUAGCCUGAUUUUUGUCAUUAUUUUCUUUCACUCUAAUACUUACCUCAGAAAUCAAUGUCCCUUUUUGGGGGGAUUUUUUUGCCAACACCUGUGUUUGAACUCUGUCUCCAGUGAAUAUAGCCCGUUACCUUGACUUUGGUUUCCUUCAUUAUAGACAGGGAGGGGAGACUGGAGACAGGAACAGUCUGUUCACUGUGAUUUUCUCAGAGAUGGGAGGAAAAAAGCAGGGGUCUUUGCUCACCUGGUUGAGCUCAUAUGUGAUGCUAAUAUGAGAAAAAGUCACAGUGUGCCUUAUUUACACUAGACCUGAGGAGGGAAGGCUGCCCUGUCACAUGCAUAUAUUUGACUUCUCUGGACUACAGUGCAAAUAUAUAUAUUGGGGAAUAUCUUUUAGCAUAAAAAAGAUGGUUUUACAUAUAUUAACUAUAAAUAUUUGUACAGAGAAAGAAGUAGGACUUCAGCUUCGUGACUCUUACAUAAGAAUAUCUUUGAAGUCAAGGCUUGACGCACUUCUGACUCACCAAAAUGGAAGACCCACUGCUCUCAUAAAGACUUGCUUAAUUGUGCUGAGUGAGCCCAGUUCACAGGCAGGCUGUGAAACCUGAACAGAGUGGACUGACUCCUGUGUAAAUGCCUGCCAUGGCCUCUAAGAAACUCCAUUCUCCCUCUGAUGGUAGCACUGGUGGGGUGUGACUUCAGCAUGCUGUCUCUUUUUCUCUUGUGAUAGUCCACUCUUUCAUUCACAUCACCCUUUCUUUUUCUUCCAGAGCUGAAUUGCUGUGAUCAGUUUUACUCCAGCCAUCCUAGGAAGGCUGGCAGUUGACAUGAGGGAAGUGAGGAAAAAAAGCAACAGGAAGGAUGUGCUCCUAAAAGCUAGUGCCGUAUUUUUCCUAAGGACAUGUUGGGGGGCUGUUGGUUAUCCUGUUGUUAUUGCUGGGAUUCUGCCUCCAUUGAGAAUUCACAGUCUCUGAAGCCACCAUCCAUGGAAGGAACUUGCUCUCCAAAAGAAGCAGCCAAGCACAUUUAUUUGCAGAUGCUUGAUUACAUGUAGUGGUGACUUUAAUGGUUGAAGCUGCACAUCACCACAGAUUAUACAUAAGGAGAUUAUACAUACCACUAAGGAGAAUAUUUCUAUUUUCCACUUCAGUCCUGUUUGUUGUUUUGUAGCGAUAUCUACUUUAUUUGGCCAUUAGAGAAGCAGUUUUCCUUCAAACUGGUGAGAAAAACACGAGUUUUUCUCACCAGUUUGAUGUCUGGAAGAUACCACCAGUGUACAUCCUUCAUUAAACUCCUCUGCUAAACCAUAUCUCAGUCCGUUAGAGAGAUGAGACCAAAGCCUCACUUUUGUGUUGCAUAGCAGUUUUUACUGCUUGUACAACAGCCUGCUGAAGUCAAUGGUACUGCUUUAUUUGGGGACACUCGGAGUGGGUGGAAGAAGGGAGGAGUCCUCUGUAAUAGCAGUUUUGAAGUUCUGUUUAUUCACCAAACCACGCCAGCUGUGUAUUUAUUUGAGACAUUAGCAGGUUUGCUGUUUGCUUCUGACAUUCCAUGUCAUUUGGAAAUGGGUUUGGGUCUGUUCUGUAGUUAAGGUUUGGGACUGGGUUUUUUUGUUUCUCUUUUGGAACCAUUGUUAUUCACCUGGUUGACAGAACCAAUGUUACUGUAAUGAACAAACAGCUUCAUUUUAACCUGAACACAAACUGUGGCUUCAUUUCCCAGGCAGCUGCUUAGGUAUGCAGGGGAGUGCUAAGUGACCUUGCUGCUGCUGGAACUCCUUACAGGAGUGAGUUGGUUGCUUUUGGAGGGUGUAUCCUUCCAAUGUCCUUAGUGCUUGAAAAAGCAAAAAUCUUCGAUACAACCAGAGUGUGAGGAGGAUGUGUGUGUUGUAGAAGAAAGUCAACUUUCAAGGACUGGUGACUUUAUGGAGGGAGAGAAGCCUAAGGGCAUGUUUACGUGGUACAGUUCAUGCCUUUGAACAUCUUCUAUGAUCAUUAAAAGGGUAGGGUGAAGGCUUUGAUAGAUUGUGUUUUGAGAACUGGAGUGCUUUAUAGCUUCAUUUUAACUAACUGCUAUUUUUAGGAGUCUAGUUUUUUUGUGCCCAAGUAGUAUCCUAUUUCUUCCCUUGUCAAAUAAGGCAAUAACAAGCUAAAGUAUUAAUGUAAAUGAAAGCUCUGAAGGUAUUUUGAAGCACUGGGAUUAGUGUUUUUCUUUCAUUGCAGUGACAUGACUUUAUUGUGCACAUAGAAAAAUACUUCUCUGAUAUUUUCCUUAUGAUAGAUUAAACUUGAAAUCCUGUUUUAGAAGACUGACAUGUUGCAAAAUAUUGAGGAUAUGGGAUUGCACCAUACUACUAUGGCAAAAUCCAUAUCAAGACUAAAGGGAAUCCAGUUUGUGUAAUGGAAACAAGGAUGUAGCAUGUGGGAUCAGUUUGGGCAUGUUACUGAUCCAGUGAGCUAUAAGAUGUAAUUUAAUUUACAGUCCUUAUUUUGUAAGUUGUAUAUAAUCUUUUCAGCUGCAGCCAAAUUCAGCACUCUUUGUUGCAUUUGUCCUGCAUUUCUUCCUUCAGUGAGAUAAGGCAUUUUGUUCAAUGAGUAAAUGGGACCAACCUUCCAAUAGCUCAUCCAGAUUAAGUAAUAAUUAGAUAUAAUUACUUUCCUAGGGGGAAAGUAAUUCUGCCUCAUUGAAAUUCUUUUAUCUUCAAUUAACCUAUUCUGUUCUUACUGGAAAUAUGAAGCAAAGUGCCAGCUUGCUUCAGGCACUUCUUCCAAAGCUGCUAACUUUGAUUUUAUCUGCCACCAGUGCUCGCUUUGUGCAGUGUAGCAAGGCCUGAGUGUUGAGGUGGCACCAGCAGGGAGGAGUGUGUGCUUGGAUAGGGGCAGGCUGUGCUCAGUACCCUGUUGGAUCAGCUUUCCAUCCCCUUCAUCCGCUUCUCUGCGGAUCAAUGACAAGGCUUGGUGACUCACUUUUCUCUCUCCCCUAUACUUUGUUUGGUUUCAUGGGGUUGUGGCUGGGGAGUACUGUGAAUACUUUUUCUCCUCGUUUUCUUCUGUCAAAUAACCAGCUAGGCUUUAUUCUACCCCACUGCAUGUGGGGUAUCUGUGUAAGUUUUGUUCUGUUUUCAGAAAGCAGCCGUAACCUUGCUUGGCAUUAACAGAUCCAGUGGGUACAUGUUAUGUAGGUUGUUUGGAAUUCAGCAGCCAGGUUCUGAGUUUUCUGGCCACAAGUGCCCAGGAGAGGGACAGACUAGAGCACCAGAGACCCUGUCUAGCUCAGUUCUAGGUAAGGUUCAUUUGGAUACACCUUCCCAUUAGGCAAACGUGCUUUAUUCCAGUGAUGACAAACUGUACCUUGACUGUGCCUACGGUUUUGACUAUAAAUAUAAACCUGAAACUAUUUUGAAAUGGUGAGCUGGUAAACCCUGGGAUAGGAAGGGCUUCAGAACUGGAACACAUUUAUGUUACAGUAGCUCUUCUGUUUUCAUGGGGACUUGGAUUUCACCUUGUAGGCAGAAUCCUUUUUUUAUGCUCACAAGCCCACUAAGAUGAGUAGUCUUCGCAUCCUUCUCCUUUCUUUCCCUCUUUGUAUUCUCCCUGAUAUGUCUUCCUAUACAGGGUAAAUUAAUGCAGUGUAUUUCUGGAUGUAGCUUGUUCUUAUAGAUUUGCUCUCUGCUCUUUUCUGGGGGGUGGAAUGAAAGAACUGCUAAGCCCUUUAAAUAGACUAAGGUGAUGAUUUAGUGUAGUCAUCCAUACCCCGCUAGCUAACAUAGCACUACACUGACAAAGCCAGAAAUUAUAACAAGUGGUAAAGUUUAAUCUUAAGCAAAAUUUAUCCAUUGAUCACAGUUGAGCUUUAAGUAAACAUAAGGUGCAAAAUCUGCCUUCUCUUAAUUCAUAUUGACAAAAUUUCCCACAGCUGGUUCGUCUGUUUGUAACUAUUGGCAAGGUGUGCUCUUUUUGCCAUUUAGCUUGUUUUCGUUUUUAUUAAUAGCCUGUCAACCUGAGGUUUAGUGUAUCAUUUUUAUUGGGAGACAAAAAGCCUACACGCCGUAAUGUUUGCAGUGGUGCUGUAAAUUACACACUGACUCCAGCCAGCACAUCUUCAAGUGUGACACCUGCAACCUUUUAUGUUUUUAUCACUGCUUGUGCUGCACAGUGGCUUUGCAUCAGAAAACACUGAUUAUGUCAACAGGUUGUGUGAAGAAGAUUGCUUGAUGCUUUCUGCCUGCUUGCUAAACCAGUAUUAAUUUACUGGGGGUACUGCCUCAGCCUGAAUCCUGCCUGCCAGUUGACUUUUUGAAGUCUGCUUUGUAAAAGCUCACAGAGAAGCUCUGGGAAAUAAAAAUCCUGUUACUGGAGUAAUUGACAAAAUAGUUUCCUUGUAUUUUCCUGAGGUUUUUCUUGCUAGCCAGUUUCAGUUUUAAGGACAACUGAGGCUGGUUUUUUUAAGGCUUUGUUUCAGGUUCCUUCUCCAGUUGUGUGUCACUUGAAAUCUUUUCAUGCUUGGGGACUGAUACUUUGAGAGUGGUGAUGCAGACAGGGGAAGAGUACUUUGAGGCUUUCCUUUAUCAGAGUUCUGCAUCUUUGAGGUCUUCAGGGUAACAGUUAGCUUCUGAUAGACACUUGCUGCUGCUGCACUUUCAUAAAAGAAAAGAGAAAGCAUUAAGAGAAGUUUCCUUUCUUUACUAUUUUUUCCAUUUUCUAAAAAAAAUUCUCUUCUGAUUCCUUUUGAAAUGCAUCUGUUUUCUGUUGGGUACAAUACAAGUGAUAUAUUGGAAACAAGUGUCGGACCUAUGCAAAGGACUUAAACCUCAAUUUUGGAACCCCAUGCAUCAGCAGCCUGGAGAGAGCUUUGUCUCUUGCAUGGUGACCUCUAACUGAGUGUUCAAAGACAAAAUAUAAGAAGUAUUGGAUGAAUGAAUAUACUUCUUCUCUUGGAAUUGGAGUGUUUCAUUCAGGUAUAGAGGUGUAUGGCCGAGAAUUUGCCUAUGGUGGUCAUCCAUACCCUUUUUCUGGAAUAUUUGAGAUUUCACCAGGAAAUGCUUCUGAGCUAGGAGAAACAUUUAAAUUUAAAGAGGCUGUGGUUCUAGGCAGUACUGACUUUAUGGAAGAUGAUAUAGAAAAAAUAGUAGAAGAGCUUGGAAAGGAAUUCAAAGGAAAUGCUUAUCACCUAAUGCACAAAAACUGCAAUCACUUUUCUUCAGCUUUAUCUGAGAUUCUCUGUGGAAAAGAGAUUCCACGAUGGGUGAAUCGCCUUGCCUACUUCAGCUCUUGUAUUCCCUUCCUCCAGAGCUGCCUGCCAAAGGAGUGGCUGACUCCUGCAGCCCUCCAGUCCAGUGUUAGCCAGGAGCUACAUGAUGAGCUGGAGGAAGCUGAGGAUGCAGCAGCAUCAGCUUCCUUGGCAAGCUCAGCAUCUGGGUCUAGAACUGGACGCCACACCAAAUUAUAAGUCCUCCUCCAAAGUAGCAAAUACUUCAGAAAUACUUUUGAAAUACUUCAGUUUGAUCUCUUCAGCAAUUGACUUUCUGACAGAACAUGAGAGCCAACUCUAGAACAUUGUUUUUAUAUGCAAAAAAAAAGCUCUCAUCAACCCCUGUUUCAGCUCAGGAUUAUUGACGUAGUGAAAGGAAUUGCUGGGAGAAAAGGGAAGGAUUUUGUGUGAAGCCACCCUUUUCAUUUUCACCUGUUUGGUAGACCUGAGUUAACAUCUUGCAUAAAGCAGAACUUAAAUUAUUUGUUUACAGUAUUGUGUACUGCUGUUUACAAGUCCUGUAAGGACUCCUGCUACCAUGGAAGAAGAAAGCAUUUGGGUUUGAUUUAACUGUUGGUAUAAAUCAAAAGCAGUGGUAUGAUGCCCUGGAUGAACUUUCCCCUUUGUUUUCAAGAUUUAAGGCAGGAGAACACUAAAUUGAGGAAUGCCAGAAACUGCUGAAUACUAUAUAUGUGAACAGGGUACUGUGCUCUUAAAGUGGCUGAUGUAAACAGGUAGAUUCCAGGAUGUAGGGAGACUGGUUUGGUCUAAAAUCUGUUCCUAGAAGUAUGACCUCUACAUUAAUGAAACUGUGGAUUUUUGCACAUAUGAAGGGAAAUUUCUAUCUCAUUGCAAUGCACAUCAAUCCAUUUCUUUUUUUUUUUUUCAAUUCAGCCAUUUAGUUUUCAUCCUGUCUUGUGUCUUUACUUGCAGUUUACUUCAGGAUUUAAACAUGUCAAUAUCAUCUGCUAGAAGCAUCAACAAAUUUUUCACUUCUUUGCUUUACUUGAUUUCAAACUUGUAUAUAUAAGUUAGUACUUGUAUUCCUUUUUUGUUUGUUUCAUAUAGUUUGGAAUCGUGUAAAACAAGCCAUUUAUGGUUGAGAAUGGCCUUUGCUUCCUGCUGCUGAUUUUGCUUCAUUUGAGUUUGUAAACAUUCGUGUCCUUCUUUUUUUGAGCUAUAAAUUACUGCCCAGUUGUGCAUAUCCGCACAAAUGAUAGAGAAAUCCUAAUUUAUUUUCCCACAGUCUCUAUCUGUGGCAUUAACUUUCUUAUCAGAUGUAAUGAUGAAAAACCUGAAAAUUGCUUAUGCACCUGCGUGUUUACACAGCAGAACCCACUAAUCUGCACACAUAAUUAUAUCUGAAGGUAAGAGAUAUUAUUUUCUAAAAUACAGAAGUAUGUUUGCUGGUAGAUUAUAAUUAGAGCUAAAUUAUAAUUAGUGAUCAGAAUAUAUAAUGGAAUGCCUUAUUCUUGUUCACUUACCAAGAGAAUUAAUUGUUCUUCCAAUCAUUAGUGUAAAUUAGUGAGGUUCUAUUGUGCACAUAAGGCUACAGUAGCACAAACAUGAGAGAGGUGAGCUUAAGUAUUUUGUAAGACUUGCUGCCUUAAACUAACAAAAAACAUACCAUCCCUAAACAGGAUCAGCUCACAAAGAAGUGUGCAUUACUCAAAAUACGGAUGAUUCUUACGAGCUUUAUUUACAGUCUUUUGCUGGGUUUAGUUUUUCUGUUGAAUGAAAUACUGACUCUGCAGUUUCUGCUGUUUAAAAGCAAAAAAAAGUCCUCUUGGAAGGCAAAAUGCUUCAUGUUAUGAAUGCUCCUGGCCGUGGGUAGUGGUGCCAUUGAAUCCUAUGGAAAGGUGCAGUAGCUGUAUCAUAGUAAGAAUUCUUAUGGUUGCCAGCUCAAACUUGUGCUAGAAACAAGUGGAAGUUUUUCCUGCUGCCACCUGGGUUGAAUCCUUCAUCAGACAGACUUUAGGUUUUCACUUAUCUUCUGUGAUGCAGUGUAGUACAGAGAGAGAUACGCUCAGUUCUGGGGGGGAAAAUCAAGUGAGACUCUUUCUGGAAAGAGCGAGAUAAUAGUAAACGUCUCCAUAACUGUAUUUUGGUACAUGUUUUAAUAAUCUCUUCUAUCAAGUGGGAAAUGUUUAAGGCUGGUGAGUCUGCCACUAACUUCAUUCUCUGUUUGAUCUCCAGAAGCUGGAUAUACUGACCCUCCCUGUUGAGUGUUUUCCACUCUGAAUUUGAGUUCUCCCUUCCUUCUUUUCCCUGUAGUGAAAAUGACUAUGGUGGUCUCCAGUCAACUCUCAAGCAUUACACAACUGGAUCUCGCACUACUCACAGCUCAGACAACAGGCUGCAGACAGGUUGUUUUGUCUCUGCUGUGCAGCUGUGGUAGUAAUGUGACUAAGUCUCUUGGCCAGGGCAGGUCCUUUAUUUCAGCUCAGGGUUGAGGCCACUGAUCUAGCAACGUACUGUAGCUUUUCCUAGGCUUUAGGAAAAAUAAAUAGAAUGAAUUUUCAUUGCUACCUUUUAUGUACCAAAAUCAGCUUUUUAGGCUUCUGAUACAUCCAGAGCGCUAGGUCACAAAUCUCUACACCUUCAUUAACACACACAAUUACAGCAUGUACAAUGCAAGAACAUGACAGAUCACAGCACAGUUUUUAUUUAGAAGUAAAACUGAGACUAUUUUUUAUAAAGCAGACUGGAAAGUUUGUAACAAAAACAUUCAUUUUAUUGUUAGCUGUACAGGUGAAAAUACUGUCUUAUGCUCCAUAACAACUUUUUUCUGUUUGUUUUGAAACCAUCCAUUUGUAAAUCCUGUAAGGAAACUGACACCUGAACCCUGAAGGUUGUUGGGUAUUGAAUCAAAGCAAGCAGUACUGUAAUUCCAACCGUGUGCUGUCAGCUCAGCCUCUGCUGGAUGCCUGCAAGUCACCCUGCCAGUGGUUACUCCCAUUUGUUAGCAAUAGAGCAAGUUACCUUUCACCAGCAUUACUGCCAAGCAGGGAUUAAUUUAGCCUACUAAUGACCACACUGUGCUAGGACUAGAACACUUCAGAAUGCUGUGAGAAAGCUGGACACCUGUGGAAUCUUUUCCAUCAAAACGGGUAGAAAAAUAUCACCACUUCAGGGUUCUGCUCUGUUUACUUUCUCAUUCUUGUUUAAUUUUCUGUGAGAUAGUACUUUUGAUAUGUAUUACGUUGUUUAUCUCAGUCAUUUUAUUUAAAUGCCAUUUUCUGUUCAGCAAGCCAAAAAAAUCCAAUGUACUGUCAGUGUGCACCAGUAACUUCGGAGUGGCUUGGUAAAAAAAAAACAUAGUUGCAUUACUUCUAAAAUUUGCAAUGCAAUUCUGAUCACUAUUGAUAGAUGAUAAUUUUCACUGUUGGAAGUUGGUUACAAGCUGAAUAUUCACUGAUGCAUUUUUUGUAAACUUGUAUUCAAGUUUACUACAUAGUAUUUGUAUAAAAUUCAAAGAAUUUUGACUUUUGUUACCUGUACAUGGCAACAAGUUGUCUAGCAUCUUAAACUUAAAUCCAUCAGUUUAUUAAAAAUACUUUUAUAAAAAAAA